UCCAUGAGUCUGAUCGAACUGGGGAACCCGUCUCAGAGUCUGGAGAACGUGUGUCGCUGGGCCUUCCUGCAGCAGAAGCAGGACACAGGGGACGCUGAGUAUCACGAUCACGCCAUCUUCCUCACACGCCAGGAGUUUGGCCCGACUGGCAUGCAGGGUUACGCCCCGGUGACGGGCAUGUGCCAUCCGGUCAGGAGCUGCACGUUGAACCAUGAGGACGGUUUCUCCUCUGCCUUUGUGGUGGCACACGAGACCGGACACGUGUUGGGGAUGGAGCACGAUGGCCAGGGGAACCGCUGUGGAGACGAGGUGCACAUGGGCAGCAUCAUGGCCCCGUUGGUGCAGGCUGCCUUCCACCGCUUCCACUGGUCCAGAUGUAGCAUGCAAGAGUUGGGACGCUACCUUCA